CCUAUAAUACAAUUUGUUGGUUUUAAAAUCAUUUAAAAAAAGUUAAAGCUAAAAUAAACUAUAAUACCAUUUUUGUAUAUUGAGUUUACUAUUGCAUGAGGCAGUGGCGCCAACUGCGGAACAGCUAAGUCAGCGGCGCCUGUUAUAUCCUUUGGCGGAGGAACGGAAAUUCCUAGACCCCCACCUAUAUCUGGCUGAUGACGGCCGCGAUUUGGAAAGGGACAGCGAAAUCAGGGACCCCUUAUUAAGACCCCUUUCCCUUAAUAGGAAAACUCUGAGGCAGAGUUGACUUGUUUUGGUUUCAAUCCGGAAGUAAUCCAAGAACCGCAGACUGCAACCUUGGGGAAGCCAUCAGAAGGCUAUUCAGUCGAAUCUCCCGCCAAUCAGUUUGAAUUUUUAUCAAACCAAACAGCCACUUACUCAUUAUAGGAAAGAAAAGGGGCAACAUUGCGAUGAACGAUUCGCGGGAAUCACUUGGGUGCGCUUUGCAGAAAAAUUCCGCAUCCCCUGUAAAAUUGUCGCUCUCAACGGAAAGCCAGGAGCUCAACACUGACGAGAAAUUCCUCGAGAUGAUCAAACCCCAAAUGACGGAGAUGAAUCCUCGCCAGAAGAUGAUGUUCAAGAAAAAGGUGUUUCAAUCGCUCAUAGAGACCUUUGAUGAUGCCACUGACUUUCCAGAGUCCGGAGAGCUUUGUUUCUCUGAUAUUAACACUCUGUCUGGCUUUGAGCUCGUAUCGGAUCCGGAGUUACAGCUGUUUAGGGAGCUGGUUAGCCUGGUAAGUGCGGCCAAGGUGACUUCUACGCCACCGUCACCUCGAGGGCCAUCUUCAAGCGCACCCACAACCAGUGCCGGCGGAAAGCCGGCAGCACCAGAAGUGUCGCGACAAACGCGGAUUAUGCCCCGUGAAAUGGUUCAGAGGGUUAUUAAGCCGGGCUCGUCAGUAGAGGUGACGACUACUCCUAUCAUGAUCGGACCGGGGCAUGAAAAGAUGCCUUACAGUAUCCUUGAGAUGAAUGGCAAGUCGAAUGGAUAUAAAGGCGCUUCGAUGGAGGAGUUACGCCCCAAAGAAUCUUCCGUGAGUGGUACAUCUGGGGCCAUCAAGGUGGUGCAUUCCGUCGUCAGUCCCCGGGCAACCUCCGUUGUGGCGGCUGUAAGGUACCAAGACUCUAGCAUGAACACCUUCUUCGGCCAGCCGCCCAAUGUGUCGGCCAUUAAGACUGCUCAGCCGGGAAAGUUGAGUAUGUCCCGCCGCUACACCAUUUGCGGAGCGCGCAAUACUCCUCCGGUACCACCUAGUGGUCAGAUGCCCGACAAUGCCAGUUCUCUCAUCUCCAACCUAAGCCCAGUGGUGGAGGCUACCAUCCUGAAGCGUCGCCUCGAAGCUCCCACCCUGGGUCUGAAGCCACUUGGAGGAAAUGUGUCCGGCACUAAUAAACAGCUUUCGCCCGUCAUCGGAUCAUCGACUCCGACAAAGACUCUACAGAUCACCAAUGCUGCUGCUCGGUCUGCACAGAGUCGCAGUGAUUCAACAAAGACAGUGGCCACAAGUGCUGCGGGAGAUUUCUCCCUAGGCAGCCUGAAGCGGGUGCCACUAGAUAACAUGUUGGAUAUGGACAUUCUGGGCAUCUAA